AUGGUGAGGGAAGAUGACAAGGUGAUCCCGGUGCGUGUGGCGCUGCGCUGCCGUCCCUUGGUGCCGAAGGAGACGGCCGAAGGGUGCCAGAUGUGCCUGUCCUUCGUGCCGGGGGAGCCGCAGGUGGUCGUAGGCAAUGAUAAGUCAUUCACGUACGACUACGUGUUCGACCCUUCUGUUGAGCAAGAGGAGGUCUUCAACACAGCCGUCGCCCCUCUCAUACGAGGCAUCUUCAAAGGGUAUAAUGCUACCGUCUUAGCCUACGGACAGACAGGAUCGGGAAAAACGUACUCUAUGGGAGGUACCUACACUGCCAAUCAAGAGCAUGAACCUAGUGUGGGGGUCAUCCCUCGGGUAAUCAAACUGCUGUUUAAGGAGAAGGAGCAAAGGCAGGAUUGGGAAUUCGUCCUCAAAGUUUCUUACCUAGAGAUAUACAACGAGGAUAUUCUAGACCUGCUGUGCCCGUCAAGAGAACGGUCUUCUCAAAUCAGUAUACGGGAAGAUCCAAAAGAAGGCAUAAAGAUUGUAGGGUUGACAGAAAGAAACGUCACCUGUGCCCAAGAUACUGUAUCCUGCCUAGAACAAGGGAACAAUUCCAGAACGGUCGCCUCCACAGCAAUGAACUCCCAGUCCUCACGGUCCCAUGCCAUCUUCACCAUUUGCAUUGAUCAGAAAAAGAAAAAUGACAAGAACAGCAGUUUUCACUCCAAGCUACACCUGGUUGAUCUCGCUGGCUCUGAGAGACAAAAGAAGACCAAGGCUGAGGGAGACCGACUAAAAGAAGGCAUCAACAUAAACAGAGGUCUCCUCUGCCUGGGGAAUGUGAUUAGUGCUCUUGGUGAUGAAAAUAAAAAGGGCGGUUUUGUCCCGUACAGAGACUCCAAGUUAACAAGACUGCUGCAAGAUUCUCUGGGCGGUAACAGCCACACUCUCAUGAUUGCCUGCGUAAGCCCAGCGGAUUCCAAUCUAGAAGAAACUCUAAAUACUCUGCGUUAUGCUGACAGAGCAAGAAAAAUAAAAAAUAAGCCAAUUGUCAACCUUGAUCCCCAGGCGGCUGAGUUGCAUCAUCUAAAGCAGCAGGUACAACAGCUACAGGUGUUACUGCUGCAGGCCCAUGGCGGGACCCUCCCGGUGUCUCUCAAUAGUAUGGCACCAUCAGAGAAUCUUCAGUCCCUGAUGGAGAAGAACCAGCUGCUAACGGAGGAGAAUCAGAAGCUGAGCAGAGGGCUGAGUGAGGCCGCUGGUCAGACAGCACAGAUGUUGGAGAGGAUCAUUCUGACAGAACAAGAAAAUGAGAAGAUGAACGCCAAACUAGAGCAGCUUCAGCAACAUGCUGUAUGCAAGCUUGAUCUGCAGAAGCUGGUAGAGACUGUGGAAGAUGAGGAGCUAAAAGAAAACGUAGAGGUGAUUCGCAAUCUGCAGCAAGUGUUGGCUCAGUUGCAGAGUGAAAAUGCUGCCACAAUGGAAGCUGCUGCAGAGAUGGCAAACUCUGAACAGGACGCUGCCGCUGAAGCAGAAAUGGGCCAGGAUACCAAGAGAGCCUCAGAUGACUUCACCACUCAACAUGCCCUCCGUCAAGCACAGAUGUCCAAAGAGCUGCUUGAAUUGAAUAAAGCCCUGGCUCUGAAAGAGGCACUUGCCAAAAAAAUGACUCAGAAUGAUAGUCAGCUGGAGCCCAUUCAGUCCCAGUACCAGACUAAUAUCAAGGAUCUGGAAUUGGAGGUCAGCAGUCUGCAAAAAGAAAAGGAGGAGCUGAUCCUUGCUCUGCAUAUGGCAAAGAAGGAUGUCAACCAAGCUAAACUGAGUGAACGGCGUCGGAAAAGACUGCAGGAGUUGGAAGGGCAAAUUAAUGAGCUGAAAAAAAAGCUGAAUGAACAAUCAAAGCUCUUAAAGCUGAAGGAAUCUACAGAACGCACCGUCACCAAGCUGAACCAGGAGAUCAGGGAAAUGAAAAACCAAAGGGUACAGCUGAUGCGCCAAAUCAAAGACGAUGCGGAGAAAUUCAGGCAAUGGAAACAACAGAAGGACAAGGAAGUGAUCCAGCUGAAAGAACGGGAUCGCAAGAGACAGUAUGAGCUACUUAAGCUAGAACGAGAUUUCCAGAAGCAGGCCAACGUACUUCGGCGCAAAACAGAAGAGGCAGCAGCUGCUAACAAGCGCCUAAAGGAUGCUCUGCAGAAACAACGGGAGGUUGCAGAUAAGCGGAAGGAGAGUCAAAACCGGGGGAUGGAAGGAGUUGCUGCACGAGUAAAAAGUUGGCUUGCAAAUGAAGUAGAGGUUCUCGUUAGUACUGAAGAGGCUCGACGGCACCUUGCAGACCUUCUGGAGGACAGAAAGAUCUUGGCGCAGGAGCUCCUUCAGCUUAAAGAGAAGAAAGAGGCUGGGGAAAACCCACCUCUAAAACUGCGGAGACGCACCUACUCCCUCGCAGAUUUGCAGGCAUCGGAGAUGGAUGUUUCCAUAUCAAAGCAGAUAGAAAGCCUGGAAACUGAGAUGGGGCUCAGGAGCGCCCAGAUAGCGGAUCUGCAGCAGAAACUCUUAGACGCAGACAACGGAGAUCGUGUGAAACAGCGCUGGGACAGCAUUGCAACAAUUCUAGAGGCUAAAUGUGCUUUGAAGUAUCUCCUUGGAGAGCUGGUCUCCUCAAAAGUGCAGGAAAGCAAGUUGGAGAGCAGCCUUCAGCAGAGUAAAGCCAACUGUUCAGACAUACAAAAGAUGCUGAUUGAAGAGCGAAACCACGUAACGGAGAUGGAGGCCGAGUUCCAAAAUCAGCUUUUGGUGCAGGAACAGCACCACCAGGAGAAGGUUCUGUACCUGCUUAGCCAAUUUCAGCAAAAAGAAGCAGCAGAGAAAAAACUGGAAGAUUCACUCAGUGAGCAAGAGAAACAGCUACAAGAGCGACUCAAGUUCCAGGAGGAAGAGCUGGAGAAAAUGAGGGAGAUCUGUGAGAAGAACCAAGAACUUCUCCAGGAAAAUGACACUCUUAAGCAGAAACUGCUGCUCCUCCAAAUUGCCAGUGGACAGAAACUCCGUCACAUUCAGAAAGUGCCGUCCGAGUCCCCAGAUUCUUCUUUUGAUUAUAUUCCACCCAAACCAAAGGCUCGCCGGCAAACGACAGCAAAACCCCGUGCACCAACCCCAGAAAUGGAUAUGGAAGAGCUGUUCUCUGACUCGGGGGAGUCCGAAGGGGAGAUGGAGGAUGCGGAGUGGGUUCCGGUAAAAGCAGUCAAAGGAGCAAAGAAAAGCGUGAUGGGGUGCUCCUGCAAGGGCCGGUGUGGAAAUCGGCAGUGUGGCUGCAGGAAGCAGAAGCUGGGCUGCACCGAGGGCUGUAGCUGCGACUCGGCAAAAUGCAGAAACAGAGACCCUGGCUUUCAGGACGCCACCCUGUGCGAGAACCAAACGAGGGACUCUGAAGGUUCCUUCAAACUCGAAGACCCCACUGAAGUGACCGCAGGGGAGACCUUCUUCCAGCCCGUGUGCAUCGUGCCAAGUACAAAGGUGCUGAAAGACAUCACGGACCAAGAUGUGUUCAUGAAGAAGCCCAGCGCUGCUGCCUCCCUGCUCGUGAGAGAUGAGGAGUCCCAGGAGAACCAGGUGCCGUUUGUAAAGAGGAAGAAGAGAAUGCUGAGUAGCAACACCAGCUUUUUUUCAGGCUGCACCCCUAUCAAGGAGGAGCUUAACUGA